UGACAGGCUGAUACGAUUGUUCAAGAUGGCGGUCGAAGUGCAGUGGGUAUGGAGACUUGUGUAGAAGCUAGUAACAGGUUAACAAAAAUAUAAAAAUAGCAUGCUGGAAAUCAGUCUACAACCUCCGAAUUAAUCUGAAAUACAAAUUAUGGAAACGCGAGGAAUAGAGCACCUUUUUGACUUCCAGAGGUUUCCAAAUGAAGGACUCCUCCUGGUACUACUGCUGUUGUACGCCCCUGUUGGCCUGGCUUUGAUGUUGUUGAGAAUUUUUAUCGGCGUACACGUGUUUUUAGUGAGCUGCGCCCUUCCAGACAGUUUAAUAAGAAGAUUCAUCGUGCGAAUCAUGUGUUCCAUGCUGGGUAUGUACGUCAAACAGAAUGACCCCCGGUUACGGGAUGGAAAUGUCAAACUCUACAUCUGCAACCAUGUCACACGGUUCGACCACAACAUUCUCAACCUCCUGACUUCCUGUAACACUCCCAUGCUUGAAGGCUUGCGGGGCUUUGAGUGCUGGGCACGGGGGUACAUGGAGAUGGCAGCUGUGACAGGACGGGCAGAGCUGGUAGAAGCCUUGCAGAGGUACUGUUCCACCCCUGGUGUUCCACCCCUUCUACUCUUCCCUGAGGAGGACACUACCAACGGCCGUGUCGGCCUCCUCAAAUUCAGCACCUGGGCCUUCUCCCUGACCGAAUCUGUACAGCCUGUGGCCUUGUUUGUGAAGCGGCCGCUUCUCGCCGUGGUAAUAUUUAACUUUGCAACACGGUGGCUUUGCCGUUCAGCAGAUGCAAUACAGUCGAAUCAUCUUGGGUGGCAGAACUGUUAUGGACCCUGUUCGUGCCGUUUACAGUGUACCAAAUGGCUUCCUACAGUGUCUCGACCAGAGUCGCCAGAAGAGUUUGCCGAUAGAGUUCAGGAGCUCCUGGCUAUUGAGCUGGGUGUGGUGUCUACACAGUUUACCAAAGCAGACAAAGCUGAACACAUCAAAAGGAAAAGACAUGUCAUGCCUCGGGCAGCAAACUCGAAUCUUGGUGCUAGACCUCGGACCUCUCCUGUGGGUUCAGUGGGUCCCAGUUCUGGGACAGAGGACCGCCAAAUUGCCGGGAUGGCUCGGCAGGUGAAGGAGGUGCUCCCUGAUAUCCCACUCAGCAUCAUCACAAGGGACCUGGUUCGGACAAAUUGUGUGGACACCACCAUCACCAACCUGCUGGAGUGCAGUGAGGAGGCCCUGGAAGAAGCCUCCACUGGGGACCCAUCAGGAUUAUCCUGGGGCCCUCAAUCCCCUGCUGCCCCACCUGUUUCCAUCAUAAAGCCAGCUGCUAAAACCUUUGGGAAGUCUCCCAUUGACAGACACAUGUCCCUGAAGGAGAGGAAAGAGGCCUUGUAUGAGUAUGCACGACGACGUUACAUUGAGAAACAUGGACUGAAUCAGGAAAAUGCCCUAUGAAUCUGCAGCAAGCACGGACAAGAGGAUUUCUCCAGAAAGACGGCCACAGAUAUGAAUUGUAUUCGCAUUCCCCUGUGCAGAGAGAGAGAGAGACCAGAUUCCUGCAAACAGAAAUGCUCGUGUAAACCUCAGUUAGGUGUGUGUGCGCGUGCGUGGGAGAUACUGUACUACUGGAAAAUUCAGUGGCUUUUUUUUCAUAUCUUGCAUGGUUACCAUGCAUGCAUCUUUUUAAGCAUUUCUCUCUAUAAAUAAGAUUAUUUUGGUAAGUUUGUAUUAAGACGCAGUGACCGUGAAACUUGUUAUUUUUUACAAUGUCCAAAAGUGGUGUGAAACCGAUAUGCAGGGUUCAGCCUGGCCGAUCUUGAAUGGAGUACAUCUUGAGGUUCCUUAUUGUCAUAAAGAUGGGUGUGAAUAAGUACAGUAUCAGCUUUUAAGACAUUAAAGCCAACCAUUUGUAAAUGCAUGAAA